AUGAAAAUAUAUUCAGUCCUCUUGCUCUUCACACCUCUCUUGGUCCUCUUCGCGCAUGUUCAAGGGCACUCAAUACGUUCCUUGCCAUUACAAAAAGCGUCGCAACUCGAAUCGAUCGUCGUACAUACACCGUCCCAACAGGCCGAACCCGAGUUUGAUAUCACGUUCAGAAUUCGAGGACAAGAUCAUGAUUUAAGGCUAAAACUAGAGCGAAACCCCUACCUUCUCGCACAUCACCCUCAGAUUCAGUAUCUUGACACAGAAGGAGUAGUCAAACGGACUGAGCCGUUCAUCGACGAAGAUCACAGAGUGUUCAGAGGUGGAGUUUGGAUUCAGGUCACCGGUCGGCAUUGGAAAAAGGUUGGUUGGGCGAGGAUAUACAUCGUUCGUGAUGGAGAUGAUCCUCUAUUUGAAGGUACAUUUAGUGCCUUUUCCCAGUAUUAUGACGUUAGGAUAUCAAGGGAGAUGGUUGGAAACACUGGUAUGCCCGCUCACGAUGGUCAUAUGGUUGCAUAUCACUCUUCGCGGGCAGAUCUGCGUCGUGAUAUAGAAGGCUCAACCGAGCAGCCCCGUUGCGCAGCUGACCCGGCGAUGCCACAUUUCCUGAACCCUCGAGUGAUAGGGGUUGAGGAUGUCUCGCAAGGGUUGUUUCCUGAUACAUCUUCUACUUUGGACAGACGUCAGUCCACUUUGACUACAGACGAUCUAGUCGAUAGUAUCGGCAAUCCCACUGGAUGUCCUACCAGCAGAAGAGUGGCUUUGGUCGGAAUCGCAACGGACUGUACAUAUACUGCAUCGUUCGACUCCACGGAAAGUCUCCGUCGGAGCCUUAUCAAUAUGGUCAAUACAGCAUCAGAAGUAUUUGAAAAUACUUUCAACAUAUCUCUUGCUUUGCACAACUUGACAAUCAGUGACGCGAAUUGUCCGGGUAGUGCUUCGGAUUCUGCACCCUGGAACGUUGGAUGCUCUGACGGAGACAUGAACUGGCGACUACAAGAAUUUUCUUCCUGGCGGUCUUCCCUCAACGACAGGGAAAACGCCUAUUGGACGCUCAUGACCGGUUGUCCAUCAGGUUCAGAGGUUGGUAUUUCAUGGAUAGGUCAACUAUGCAGCUCUCAGUCAAGCACGAAUGUAGUAGCACAAACCUCCAACCAGUGGCAGGUAUUCGCUCAUGAAUCGGGUCAUACAUUUGGUGCGGUUCACGACUGUGAUUCGAGCGCAUGCUCUUCUAGUACCCAGUGCUGCCCAUUAUCAUCGUCCACGUGUGAUGCGGAUGCUCAGUACAUAAUGAACCCGUACUCGAUGUCCUCCCAGACAGAAUUCUCACCCUGUACAGUUGGGAAUGUCUGCUCGUUACUAGGGUCUCGAAACAUGAGAACCAGCUGUCUUCUAAGCGACACGAGCAACAUACCCACUCUUACGGCUGGGGAAUGCGGGAAUGGGAUUGUCGAGGAGGGUGAGGAGUGCGACUGCGGCGACAAUUGUGAUGAUAACAGUUGUUGCGACGGAUCAACAUGUCGGUUUCGCGACGGUGCGGUCUGUGACGAUUCCGCCGGGCCGUGCUGUACAAACUGCCAAUUUGCAUCGUCCGGCACCGUGUGUCGUGAAAGUACUGGAAGUUGCGAUAUUCAGGAAACCUGCACUGGAAACUCCAGUUCGUGUCCCACUGACAGAUAUGCGCCCGAUGGACAAACCUGCGGCAACUCAUCCGGUCUAUUUUGUGCCAGCGGAGAAUGUACCAACCGAAAUAGGCAAUGUCAACAGCUACUCAACACAAAUAGCACGGGCGUGUCCUCGUGCAAUAAUGAUUCCUGUACCCUCAGUUGCUCGGUUGACUGGUAUGGAUCCGGGGUUUGCAUGGGCAUGAACCGGCAGGUGCAAGAUGGUACUCCCUGCUCUGAUGGGUUCUGUCGAAGUGGGAGGUGUCGGUCUGACAGUGAGGAUGGCAGCUCAUGGGUGGAUCGCCAUCGCUCUCUGAUCAUUGGCCUGUCUGCAGGGAUCGGUGGGGCCUUGGUCCUUGCAGUACUGGUGGGUAUAAUCAUUUGCUGCUGCUGCCGUCGCAAGAAGGCUCCAAAGAAGGCCAUUCCACCAGCAACACCGGUCACAGGGCAGGUUCCCCAUGUACCUCCUCCAUACUCCCCUGCCAGCCCUACCAGGUCUAUACCGGCACCAAAUUAUCGGUAUGCAUGA